GGGAAGGCCAGCUACAGAUGGCUGUUUACCACAGGAAGCAGCCCCAGAGCUGUGGCCCAGGAGAUAUUCUUUCAUGUGGAUCCCAUGAGGAUAUAUAUCAGAGUGAAUACGGGAGGACACCAGGCAGACACCAUGGGUGUUUUUUUCACUCUGUCCACCUCUGCUGCCAUCGUUCUCCUGAUACUUCCUGGAGAUUUGUGCGUGGAUAUCAUUGGAGGACAUGAAGUAGCACCACACUCAAGACCAUUUAUGGCCAUGCUCAAAGGAAAAGAAUUUUGUGGAGGAGCUUUGAUCAAGCCAAGCUGGGUGUUAACAGCUGCUCAUUGCAAUCUGAAGGGAGGCAGAGUUAUUCUUGGAGCCCAUUCACGGACAAAAAGAGAAGAAGAAGAACAGGUUAUUGAGAUUGCAGAAGAAAUUCGCUACCCAGACUACUGUCCCGAAAGAAAGGAACAUGACAUUAUGCUGUUGAAGCUUAAGAAAAGAGCAAAAAUUAAUAGCGCUGUGAAAGUCAUUCCCCUGCCUACCUCUGGGGAUGAUCUCAAACAAGGAACAAUUUGUAGCGUAGCAGGAUGGGGACAAAUCUCGAAACGUGGGAAUAAAAUGUCUGAUACCCUGAGAGAAGUUAAUGUCACUGUCAUCAGUAGAAGAAUCUGCAAUGACAAGAAACAUUACAGAAAGGAACCUCGUAUAACAGAUAAUAUGAUAUGUGCAGGAUCUAAGAGAGGAGACAAGGACUCAUGUCGAGGGGAUUCAGGUGGACCUUUAAUAUGCAAUAAUGUGAUGAAAGGCAUCACUUCUUUUGGGAAGUCACCGUGUGGUGAUCCUGGUGGUCCUGGUGUCUACACUCGAAUCACAGACAAAUACCUGAAGUGGAUAAGGAAAACCAUAGGUGGAGACUUACUGACCGGGUUUUGACCAAACUAUUUCCUACUUUGUGAUUGUGCAACAAAAUCUAGCUUUGAAAUAUGCUUUUGAAAAUAGGUUCACGAUACUCCCAUGAUAUUCCCAUGAAGUUAUUCCCACACUGAUUUUUAGUAUCUUGAAGUUCUUUUAGAUGAAAUUGCAUAUAUCCAUUUUCAGGACAGACAUGAUUUUAACAGAGCCAGAACACAGCCCUCUGGUAGAAUAGCUUUUGCAGUUUGCAGAGCUAAGGGGUCCAUUUGUGACUCAAGCUUUCAGCUUCCUUGUGUUGCGCAUUCAAAGUGAGCUUUACAUGGAUGAGCAUUUCUGACUCAGUGUCAAAUCAAAUCAAAGUGUAAUUUCUAACUUUCAUUUAUUUGAAGCCUCUGCAUGCCAACUCUUCAUGUAAUCUGCAUUAAAUAAAAGAAAUGGCAAUAAAAUCUGUUGCUCAAA